GACAGGCAAGAUGGCGGCGCAGGAGAACCAAGCUACUGGACAACCAAUCCUAACCAACGGCGAGGUGAGCAGCAAUGGAGCUGCAGGUGGAGACCAGACUGUCCAGACUGCAGCAGCUGCUCAGGGACCCCAGCAGCAGCAGCAACAACAGCAGCAGCAGCAGCCGCCACCCAACGCGUGGCAGGUCAUCAAGGGCGUCCUGUUCAGGAUCUUCAUUAUCUGGGCGAUCAGCAGCUGGUUCCGGCGGAGUCCGUCCACACCAGACCAGAGCGGCCCGGCCGGCGCCCCGCGGGUGCCCAGCCGAAACCUGUUCCCCAAGGACACCCUCAUGGAUCUAUACAUCUACAUCUCCCAGAACGAAGCCUUCUCUGACUUCAACGACACAGAGGCGCUCUUCUGGUACCAGCGGGACCUGGUGUAUGGAGACUGGACCACAGGGGACGCUGGGGACGGCUGCUAUGAACACUACCAGGAGCUCGACAUCCCAGAGAAGGUGCAGCAGAAUGGAUCCCUGUACAUCCAUGUCUACUUCACCAAGAGUGGGUUCCACCCAGACCCCAAACGCAAGGGCCAGUACCGCCGGCUGGCCACCGUGCACGCCUCUCGAAUGUUGAACAAGUUCAAACGCAGGAAGUUCCUGAAGACAAAGAACCUGCUGACAGGAGAGACGGAGGCCGACCCUGAAAUGAUCAAGCGUGCAGAGAGCCAUGGCCCAGUGGAGGUCAUUUCCCACUGGCACCCUAACCUCACCAUCAACAUGGUGGACGACCACACGGCCUGGGUGAAGGGAUCUGUGCCCCCGCCCCUGGACCAGCAUGUAAAGUUUGAUGCGGUAAGCGGAGACUACUACCCCAUCGUGUACUUCAACGACUACUGGAACCUGCAGAAGGACUACUUCCCCAUCAACGAGACGCUGCAGAAGCUGCCUCUGCGCCUGACCUACUGCCCGCUCUCUCUGUGGCGCUGGCAGCUGUACGCCGCCCAGAACGCCAAGUCCCCCUGGAACUUCCUGACCGAGGACACCUACGAGCAGUCCGACGAGGACCAGGACUCUGUCAAGGUGGCUCUGCUGGAGACUAAUCCCUACUUGCUGGGCCUCACCAUUGUGGUGUCCAUCGUGCACAGCAUAUUCGAGUUCCUGGCCUUCAAGAAUGACAUCCAGUUCUGGAACAGCCGGCAGUCCCUGGAGGGCCUCUCGGUGCGCUCCAUCUUCUUCGGGGUGUUCCAGUCCCUGGUGGUGCUGCUCUACAUCCUGGAUAACGAGACCAACUUUGUGGUGCAGGUCAGCGUCUUCAUCGGGCUGCUCAUCGACUUCUGGAAGAUCACCAAGGUCAUGGACGUGAGGCUGGACAGAGAGAAUAGACUGGCAGGAAUAUUCCCACGCAUCAUUUUCAAAGACAAGUCCACGUACGUCCAGUCCUCCACCAAAAUCUACGACGACAUGGCGUUCAGGUACCUCUCCUGGCUGCUCUACCCACUGUUUGGCUGCUAUGCGGUCUACAGCUUAUUGUAUGUGGAACACAAAGGCUGGUACUCUUGGGUGCUGAGCAUGAUGUACGGCUUCUUGUUAACAUUCGGCUUCAUCACCAUGACGCCGCAGCUCUUCAUCAACUACAAGAUGAAGUCGGUGGCCCACCUCCCGUGGAGGAUGCUCACCUACAAGGCGCUGAACACCUUCAUCGACGACCUGUUCGCCUUCGUCAUCAAGAUGCCCAUGAUGUACAGAAUAGGGUGCCUCAGAGACGAUGUAGUGUUCUUCAUUUACCUGUACCAGCGCUGGAUCUACCGAGUGGAUCCCAACCGUGUGAAUGAGUUUGGCACCAGUGGAGUGGACCAUGCCAAGGACAGUUCAGACAGGGGGGUGACAGGAAGCGAGGCUGCUGCCAUCACAGAAAAGCCAGAGGGGGAGAAAAAGAACGAUUAACAGCAGAAACCGGUCCCCCCCCCUCUUUGGUUACCCUCAUGUGAGGGGACAGUUCACUGAAACAAGGCAGAUUUUAUGUUUCAUUGUUCCGGGGGAAGAGCAGGAGUUUACUGUAUUCUGUAAUGGACACUACAGCAAAUUCAGUUCCACUUUCCUUUUUUUUGUAGGGAUCCACAACAGAUCAUGUUUAAUAUUGUCUUCUUGGGUUUUUUUAAACUCCCCCUUUUUGCAGUUCAAGUGAAGUAAUAUGUGACGUACUUGUAUCGUAAAUUUUUUUCAACUGGUGAUGUUUUGGAAGGAAGGUAGUUGUCGUGUGUGUGGGUGGGCAGGAGGGUACAAUAUGGGGUGGGAACAGAACAUAUCUCAAUUUUAAAGUAUCAGGGGAGGACCCAAGUGCAAGUGCGCUCUGUUUGUGGAUUCCUUGUGACUGUUCAUUCCGUAUGUGAGCCUCGUGUUUGGGGUACCUAGUGUAACUGGCAACGACAGUACUGGAGACAGGGAUGGGUGGGUGAUCAUGUCUGCUAAACAGAGCCAAAAUGGCCGACCUGAACCAAGAUGGCUGACCCCGCCCAAACACUACGCAAAUGACUACCAUAGUUUUUAAACAAAAUGAUUGAUGUUCCAAACUUAAACAGCCUUGUAGGUAUUAAUAUAUGUUAAUAUUAUUAACAAUCAUGAUGACUUGAUUGUUUUUCAUUUCUUUUCCGUUUGUAUGUCCUGAAACUGUACAGAGUCACAGCUUGUAUUCUUGGUAAUACUGAUGUCAAACUAUAUUGUAGCUGAUAUGCAACAUGUAAUUUUGCCCCGGACUGCCCAUUUUGAAGUCUGCUACGUAAACACUCCCAACAGUAGCUGCAAGAUCACUUUGUCUAAUACAGUACAGUCCAAGCGUCUGGUGUGUAUGAGAUGAAUAUGUUUUCUUGCGGUUUCUUUUAUUUUUGGUGCCGUACAUCCGAUUUGAGGUUUUAUUUUAAUACUAAUUAAAUUUUGAUCACUCAAAAUGUUCAUGUUUAUAGUGAAGCAGA